AUGGGAAUCGCGAGCCUGACCGGCAACAGCCUCUUCGACCGGCUGAGGUUGUGGCUCAUCUGGGACCCGGCCAAGUACCCGCAGUACCACUACAUCCAGAAGCUGCCCAUGAGUCGAGUGCACCUGUACACUGUCGUCCAGGUCAUCUGUCUUGGAAUUCUGUAUGGGUUGAAAGCUAUUAAGGAAACAUCCGUGGUGUUCCCUUUCUUCAUGGCCUCUCUGGCCAUCAUCCGCAAGGCCAUGAGAUUCAUGUUCACCGAGGAUGAACUGAAGCAGCUGGACGGCCUUCCAGGUGAGGACGAGGAGCAGGAUGCCACGAUGUCGAAGCCGGACAUCGUGAACUUGGACGUGAAAGAGGUGAAGAUCAUCCCGCCGCUGUACAGCCUCGCUGUGGGCAUCGGUGAGGCCCUGCAAGGCAUGUUUUGGGCCCCCUUGGCACGUGAUGUGCAACUGCAGCUCCGUGCUGGUGUGGUCGUUUUCGACAUGGAGUGUAUUCAUGACAACCCGCGGGGGUCAUACCUCGCACAGGGCCUGGUCGAGACUUUCGACCAACAGGAAUGGAAAGAGCGCUGCCAGAUCAUUGAAUUUGCAGCCAUUGAUCUGAUCACCGGCGAAAGCUUCAGCGUGCGGUGCCGACCGCAGUUCAGCUGGCAGGACGUCAGGUCCCAUGCAGCACGCCGCUUUGCAGAGGAUCAUGGUCAUCGCGAGAUCAUCGAGGAUAUGGGCUUGCCAUACUUCGAGGAAAUCUGGCACUCCGAGCUGAUCCCAUUCCUGCAGCGUGCCGCUGGGGGAACAGGGAACGUCGUGCUCCUCGCUCACAAUGGGGCAGCUUUCGACGAGUUUGUGUUGAAGAAAGAGAUCGCCCGUCUUCAGCUGGACAUGUCUUGCUGCCCAACGUUGAUGUACGCGGACCCAGUUGCCGCGGCGAAGGAAAACUACCACCAUCCAGCAGUCGCUGCUGAGUACCGGGGCCGGCACAUGAGCCUGACCUUGGCAGAUAUGCAUCAGAGGUAUGUGAGCAAAACGAACCGAAUAUUCAAGGCACAUCAUGCAUUAGACGACUGCCAUACGCUCCUCGAGGUGCUUCGUCAUGCUCCAUAUGUGGCAGAUGCCUUGGCCGCCCACAUUUGCAACAGGAUUGGCCUCCAGGUCCCGGACCUUGCCAGCACGCUGCGCAAUCGAUUGCAGAAUCCGGCGAACAUUCGCGACCCGCUUCCGGCUCCACGCAUAUUCGAGUACUGCGGAAAGCGGUACUUGUUGAAGAACAUGGCGUUCCUUCCAGCACCACCCGUUCCGGCACCACUCGUGUCUGUGCCGGUGCCAUUGCCCACGCCAGGUGCUGCACCGGCUGGGUCGGUCGUGCCUCCACCGCCCCCGACACCCGCACCAGACGAGACCAUGAUACCACCGCCACCGCCUCCGCUUGUGCCAGCUGUGACUUCCCAGGCCCCGAGCCCACCGUCUUCGCCGCCGACCUUUGCUCCGGCCACGCCGCCGAUGGCACCGGUUGUGGUUGGGGCUGUCCGCACCGUCUCGGAUGUGGAGGAUGAGCUGAAGAAAGAGGAUCCGAAGGAGAAGCGCAAGAAGAAGAAUCGAGCGGAUUGGUGGGACGGCUACUGGGACGGCCGUGGACAUGACUGGUGGGCUUGGUCCCGCUACGCCUACGAUUCCUCCUACGAUGGAGGAGCCUGGUGCUACCAAUUCCACGGAAAAGGAGGCUACCAGUCUUGCGGAAAGGGCCGCCAGAGAGGUGGAGGUGCCAAAGGCAACGGCGGGAAGAGCAAGGCCAAAGGCGGCAAAGCCGCCUCUCCGGUGGCUGCAGCUCCCACUACGCCUACGCAGCAGCCCACUGGCGCCGAGAGCUCCACGGUCACGAAAGCCUUCAAGUUCCAGAUCCACGGAGAACGGCGGAAGUUGACCGUGCUCAUUUUCCUCUUCAUGCUGCUCUAUGCCUGCGCGAUUCUGACCGCCAGGUGUUUGGGCAUGUCUGAGGGAGAGAUGUCUGACGAAGGAUCGAAGGCUGAGGAAGUCCGGGUGAUGUUCGACGGGGUGAUGCCCAGCAUGUUCGUGCUCUUCGAGUCCAUCACCUGCUGGAGUUUGAUGGGGUUCACGCCGCUCUUCCGCAUGAGCCCCGGAAGCAGGUUUGUGGCAGUGAUCUUCUACAUCUUUGCGAAUUGGGGCCUUCUGGCGGUGAUGACGGGCGUCGUCAGUGAGAAGAUGAUGGCCACGAAGGAGCGGCUCACGGCGGAGACAGAUGACGGGCCGCAGAAGCACGACCCGAGCAGCAGUCACAUGGCGCAGCUCGAGGGAGUGAAGUGGGAUGCACUCCGAGCGACUUUUGACGGCUCAGCGCCGCCACCCGCGCAGCACCGUGCUCCGCCGCCAGCUGCUGCGCCCGCAGCAGCCCCGCCAGCAACCGCCCCAGCCGGUGGGGGCAUGCUGUCGGGCCUCAUGGGCUCCAUGGCCUCAGGCAUGGCCAUGGGUACCGGCAUGGCCGUGGCCAACCGCGCGGUGGAUGCAGUGAUGGGGCCCCGUCAGACGGAGGUGGUCCACCGCACAGAGGGUGCGCCUCCUCAAGCACAGGCCCAGAACACGUGCCAGUUCCAGCAGGAGCAGUUGGCGCAGUGCCUCAAGUCGUCGAGCGAUGCCACAUCCUGCCAGAGCUUCAUGGAUGCCUUGAAGGCUUGCCAGCAGACCGCAUGA